GGUUUUUUUUUUUUUUUUUUUGGCAAUCGUACCAACCGGAGCCCAAAACCAGUUACCGGGCACGAUGAGCAGUUUUGGGCUCUGGUUACCAUAAAAUCGGUUAAGGUGCACAGUAACCAGUUACCGAUUUUGGGCUCCGGUUAUCGGGGUUGUCUGAAAUAAAAAAAAAUGUUAAACCACUAUCUUCCCGCCGGCAAGGGGAGGUGGUGGAUAGUCAUAGAGGAGGGUGUGGUGGGUCGCCGGUAAGGGUGGUGGUGGUCAUCACCGAUUGGAAGGGGUUGUGGGUCGCCGGGAGGAUAAGGGGUGGUGAAGUGGUAAGGGUACGAUUAUCCAUUCACAAUUUCACACCAAUUGUUGGCAAUGGUAUCGUUUUUGUUGACGGUGUUUAGCAAUAUAAUCCACAUUGAUUUUGCCUUUUUCUCUGCUUUCACGGGGUUUAACUUAGAUAAAUUGACUUGUGAAAAAUUUGGACCCAAAACAAGUGUAACACUUCUCCUUACCGACUCAAAAAAAAAGAUGUAAACAUUUUUGGCGGGAAAAUGCAAUAUAGAAGAAUGGCGUUGCUAACUCCAUAGAAAAAUCCCAACUAUCUGCAAAUAAACAGUUUAUUCAUCUUCUUCCUCACUCAAGUCUUCAACUUUCAUGGAUUCAGAUAGCGAUUCUGAUGGCUCUCACAUUUCUGCAACUCCACCCAGAAAUUUAACACCUUCUCCUCCUCAGAAAUUUCCCAAUAAACCCAUCUCAAAUGUCAAGCAAAAGCCCCCAAAAACCCAGCAAAAACCCUCUUCAAAUUCCUCAAAAUUCCCGCAAAAACCUACUCAAAUCCAACACUCAGUUCGCCAAUCUUCCGAUUCCACCCUCCUCCCAUCUUUCUCUCUCCCAAUUAAAAAACCCACUUUCAAUAAUCCCGAAAUUUCUGGGCCCAAUUCAAUUAGGGCUGGUUUUUGUUCCUUUUCUAAGUCUAAUUCUUUCACAAAAUUUCAGAAGAAUUCUCUUAAUUUUGAUGAUAGUAGUGAAAAGGAUCCAAUUUUGCCAUCUGGGGUGGGUCCGAAACCCGAUUUUGAGGUUAAUUGUGAAGAUGAUGGUAUUAGUUUAGGUAGUUUGAAGAAAAGGGUAGUUAGGAAACCGUCGAAUUUGAUUGGAUGUGGGUCUAGGAGUGAGUCUAGUUCUAGUAUAUUGCCUGCAAAAAAGCCUAAAAGUGGUGGUGAAGGGAAUUUUGUGAGGUUAAAUAUUAAUGGGUAUGGUAAUAAGAAGUUCAAAUUUAAGGGGAGAAAUAGGAAUUUUAGCUCAACAAGAAGAAGUAAUUAUUAUAAAAGGAGUAAGAGAGGAUUCGGGGCGAAAAAUGGUGUUGAAAAUAAUGAUGAAGAAGGUUUGGGGUUGGAAAAUGGGAAGCAGGUAAAGGGGGAGAGUGAAAUGUCAAGUACUGAAGCUGAAUUGAUUAAGAAAGCUGUUUUAGAUGUUAGAAACGAGGCGACCGAUGAGAAUUUGGUGAGCUUAUUGAAGCUUACACAUGGUUAUGAUUCGUUUCGAGAUGGGCAGUUGGAAGCUAUUAAGAUGGUGCUUUCAGGGCAAUCCACUAUGUUGGUUUUGCCUACUGGUGCUGGUAAAUCACUGUGUUAUCAGCUGCCAGCAAUUGUUUUUCCCGGGAUUACACUUGUGAUAAGCCCCUUAGUGGCUUUGAUGAUUGAUCAAUUAAGACAGCUUCCUAAUGUUGUGAAUGGUGCUUUCUUAAGUAGUAGUCAGUCGUGGGAGGAGGCUUCUGAGACUCUAAACCUGUUAAAAGAAGGAAGCAUAAAGGUGCUUUUUGUUUCACCAGAGAGGUUUCUGAAUGAAGAGUUCAUGUCAAUCAUUUCCUCUUGCUCAUUGAUAUCACUUAUAGUGAUUGAUGAAGCUCAUUGUGUAUCUGAAUGGUCCCACAAUUUUCGGCCUUCAUACAUGAGGCUAAGGGCGUCUGUACUCCGUGAUCAACUGAAAGCUGGAUGCAUACUGGCAAUGACCGCAACAGCAACGAAGAAAACACUGGAUGCAGUAAUGCACGCUUUGGACAUUUCCUCAUGUAAUCUGGUGAAGACUCAUCAGCUUAGGAACAAUUUGCAGUUGUCUGUGUCUCUAUGUGGAAAUAGCAAGAUUAAAGAUUUGAUUGCAAUAAUCAAGUCAUCGCCAUAUUCUGAACUCAAGAGCAUCAUAAUUUACUGCAAAUUUCAGUUGGAGACGGACAUGAUCAGUAAAUACUUAAGUGAUUACAAUAUUCGUGCAAUGAGUUAUCACAGUGGCAUGCUGGCAAAAGAUCGUAGUCGUGUCCAAGCAUUAUUUUGUUCCAACAAGCUCAGAGUGGUUGUUGCAACUGUGGCAUUUGGGAUGGGGCUUGACAAAAGUGAUGUUGGAGCUGUCAUUCAUUACAGUCUGCCAGAAAGCUUGGAAGAGUAUGUUCAGGAGAUCGGACGUGCUGGACGUGAUGGGAGGUUAUCAUAUUGUCAUCUCCUCUUUGAUGACUCCAGUUAUUUUAGGCUGCGCAGUCUUAUGUACAGUGAUGGUGUGGAUGAAUAUGCUGUAAAUAAACUUCUUUGUGAAAUUUUUAACCAUGAUACAAGACCGAACGGAAAAAUUCAUUCACUGGUCAAAGAAUCUGCAUCUCGUAGAUUUGACAUCAAAGAAGAUGUGAUUCUAACAAUUUUAACGCAAUUGGAAUUAGGUGAAGUUCAGUACUUGCUUCUUCUACCACAAAUGAAUGUUACUUGCAGCUUGAAUUUUCAUAAGACUCCUCCUAUGGAAUUAGCUGCCAAAUACCCUCUAAUUGGAGGAAUUUUGAACAAGUCUGACACUAAGCAUGGGCUACAUGUGUUUGACAUUCCCACUGUCGCAAAUGCUAUUGGUCAUACAGCAGUGGAAUUUCUGAAUCAGCUGCAAAAUCUUAAGUCUAUGGGAGAAAUAACAUAUGAAUUGAAGGAUCCUGGGUACUGCUACAUCAUUAUACAUGUUCCUGAGGACUUGUGCUCUCUGGCAACCCAGAUGACCAAAUGGCUGUCAGAAAUUGAAUGUUGUAAGGUCCGCAAAUUAGAUGUGAUGUUCAAUUCUGCAACCUUUGCUGUAAAUUCAUGUGAAAGGGCACAUGGCUGUGAUGUCGUCCAGCACACAACAUGUUUGCAGAGGAUGAUUUUAGAAUACUUUACUGAAGAAAAUCUCAGUGUAUAUCCCACAAAGAUCAAGCAAAACAGCCCAUUUCUUCGAGCAGAUAUUAAGGUCUUUCUACAAGGCUCAGGAACCAAAUUCACCCCACGUGCAGUUGCUAGAAUAAUGCAUGGCAUUGCUAGCCCAGCUUAUCCUUCUUCAAACUGGUCAAAGACUCAUUUCUGGGGAAGAUAUACAAAUGUAGACUUUAAUGCAGUAAUGGAAGCAGCAAAACUGGAGCUCAUUAAUUUUGUAGGGAAGGACGGAACAUAGAUGUUGUCACAUAGGUUUGACAAAAUAGAUCUGGAUGAUUCUGCUGGUACAAGAUCAAACAUCUGGACUCUUGUGGCAUGAUUGCACAUAAUCUUAUUCCGAAAUUAUCAUGUACAGUAUUAUACUGUCCAUCCAUUGAGAUCAAGACUACAAAUGAAGUGUAGGGGCAGGAACUAUGUCAGUGAUCAGUUCCAUGAUAAGUGUGCAGCAGUAUGAUCGAUCAAUACUUUAAUAGAGGUACGACGUCAGUCCCCCUGUACAUUAGCAUUACAGAAGGCAGCAGGAUUCAAAGCUUCUGACAAAUACAGCAGCAGAGAGCCUUGUUUUACACCCCAUAGUUUGUAUUAGUAAAAUAGUGUCAGUUUUUGGUAAGUUAAACUUUCGUAGUCACCUAGCAGAAGUAGGAUUUGAACUUCCAAAACCUCUAUGACGAAGAAUAAUUGGGGUGCACCUCAAGCCAGGGAAGAUGGGAGUUCAUCUUGUAGUGUAUCCUCCUAUGAUGGAUAAUGCAAUCCACAAGUAAAAUGUUUUUAGCUUGUGUCUAUUACCAUGGUGAUGCUCAAUAGUAAUAGAUUAAAAGUAUUAUACGGAGUAUGAGUUAUUGGUGUUUAACUAGGCUUAUGUAACACACUUGUUGAUAUUGAAACAGUUAUGUUUUUCGCACCUUAACCAGGAGGUUUUA